CGGUGAAAUUUUCUUUCCUUUUGUGUCUGUGACCCAUUCCAAGUUUGACGAAAUCAAAACACUCCUCACGUGUAAUCUCGGCGUUCGAGACUUAAGUAACUUCUCGAAUAUCUCGAAUAUCGAAAGGGAAACAAUUAAAUUUAUAAUGAAUAAAACUGAGAAUUUCUACAAAAAAUGGACAGAGAUUGCACGAAAAUAAAGAGUGCCCUUGAACUGCAUUAAGAGAUUACAGACUUCUUAAUAAUUUUUAUAUAAUUUAAUCGAUUAUAAUGGAAACAUACAGAAUAAACGAGCAAAGUGAAUUACAUGAUCGUUACAUGCAAUUUUCAAUAACAGAAAUCAAAUUUUUACCAAAUGUAUUUAAUAAAUGUAAGGACGAACUAUAUCAAGAGAUAAUGUCUUUUAAAAAGCAGAUGACUAAGGUGAGAUUAGAUAUAGAUAAACUCAAGCAAUAUAAGAUGUCGCUAUGCUACGAAUAUCAAAUCACAUAUAGCCAAAACAAAAAACCAAUCGAGUUGAACAAAAUAGGCAAUUAUUCCACCAUCAAGGACACCUUCCCUAGCAUGAGGAAGAUUUUCCCGCCAAAUUAUUUUCGAACUACGUCGCAAAUUCUAUUGCAGUGUGACAUAAUCAUUCUUCAAAUGAUACUCUACUUUGAUAUCAACUUCAGUGUGGAAUACACGCAAAAUUUUCUUUGCUUAUAUAACGAUUACCUUGCAAACUACAAUUCAAGAAUUAUGUAUAUGAUGAUAGUAGAAUAUCUUUUAGAAUUCUUUCGCUUGCGACCUGUUGAUCCAGAUAUGUAUAAUCCUAGUGGUACAUAUAUAGAGAUUUUGAAGUCGUGGAUAGAGAAAUACAAGAAUCCUGAGUGGAAAACAUUGGCUUCAAUAUCUUCCAAGUUAAUAGAUAUUUUUCCAUGGAACGAUAUUGUGCGUCCACUGUGGAAGUAUGUUAUGCACCUGAAUUCUCAACUUGAUAUACCGUAUUAUCGUAUUGUCACUAUUUUGAGUUCCAUGGCAGACAUAUGUUUUUUAUCAUUCGAUUCCGUAAGUUAUGUUCAACGUGACAUUUAUCGUAAGAAUACAUUCUGGACUUUAAUACUUGAGGGAUUAGCAUCGUCCAUGCCACAAUGCCGCAAGCAAGCUCUGUACAUAAUGAAAACAGCGGUCAAUUCUUUGAAUAAAAAUUUAGAUCAAAUUAAUAACAUCGGAAUACACGAAGGCAGAAAUUACACCUUUCAUUUGUAACCAAAUCAUUAUAUCGCCGUCGGCGGAUUGCGUUAAGGAAAAAUUCUUCCUGGUAUAUGAAGCAUUAGAACAAGAACAGGAUGACUUGAAUGAUGAAUAUAUGGACAAUGUAAAAAUUGUUAUGGGUAUUUUUGAUGUGAGCUUGAGUCGUAUUGUGGAGAAUAGAGAAGAUAAUAUCUUGUGGGCAGCGAUACAAAGCCUUAUGCAAGUUAUCAUUAACAAUAAUUUUUUGCGCUUACCUGAUGCGACAAAUUUCAUAAAAAAUCAUAUCCAUUGUUUACUGACGAGAAAAAUCCCAAAAUUAAAUAUGAUAAUACUUUCUACACUGGCACACUUGGAAGUAGGUAAUAUAUUACAAUUAGAAGAAUUAUUAACAACUUGUCUCUUUUAUGGCAUUAUGUAUCAUAGUGACGAUAGUGUUGAAUAUCAUCAUAAUUUGUUUAUCGCCAAGCAUUCAAAACUGGAUUAUUCUGAAUAUAUCUUCAAGUUAGAUUAUAAUAAUUGUGUCGCAAUUAGAGCAGAGACGAUUCUACUGUUACAUAAAGUACUUAGCCAUUCAAUAGGGUACGCGGAAACAUUCGCGCGGUUUGUAAUCAAAGCAAUGGUACGUGAAAUCAACUGGCAGUUGUACAAACACUUGCCUUUAUAUAAAAUGCAAUACAGACAAAUGCAAAUAUUAUUAAUAUUGGAACCAGUUCUGAAUAAAGUAAGCUAAACUUAUGAUUAGUUAAAUUGUUUUUUACGCGAUUACAAUAUUAAUAACCGAUAACUGAUUAUAGGAAUUGAUUAUGCUGGUAUACAAACACCUGUGUCAUUUCAUUUACACGGAAAGUAAUCCCCACUCCAGCGUGAGAUUGAUGCAGGAAUGGUUGAUGAUACGAAUCUUGGUAAAGAAUAGCGAUCUGCAUGAGGAAUUAUGGUCACUUUUUGAGAAAGUAAUAGAAAUGAAUUUUAUAAUAAUAUAAUAACAAAAGCUUUUCAAAUCUUCCUGUUUUCACGGCAUUUAAUAAAUCAGUAUAUAUUCAGUAUAUUCUCAUAUAUUUUCAGAGUAUAAAAAAUCGACCGAGCUGUAUGAUUUCUUUAGCAAGCAUCGCCUACCACGUUGCAAAACUCUUGUCAGACGAUAAUCAGAAAAUUUUUAUUGAAACAGCACUGCCGUACGUAGAACGGUGUUGCUUAGAGCAACAAUUUAACGCGCGCAUUCAUAAUCAGUUUAUUUUGAAACAUUUAUAUGAAUUAAUGAAGUCAAUAUACGGCGAUAAAAGCGUGUCGAAAUAUAAAUAUAUAUAUCAAAUCGCUGUUACUAGUUUGCAUAGAAAUUCGAUAGAAAGUUCAAUCAGAAUACAGGAUGAUUUUUACCUUUCCCAUUUUCAUCCGAUCAACUAUUAUAGCUUGCAGACUAUUUUCUAUGAAUUCCCACGUUUGACUAAUAUGAAUUUCGAUGAAUGGAUUAGUCCGGAUGUGUUCAAAAUGUUGAUGUUCAAUCGGAGUGAUAAACAUCCUCUGCGGCUGUAUAACAAAAAUUCAUUGCUGUCUGAUACUAAAUCUUCCGUUGAUCUGACAAAAUCAUUUGCAGAUUUAGACGAUGUUUCCGGAAUGAUUAAGGAGCUCAUAUAUACGCUGGAUAUAGAAUUACAGAAAGGUCUAAUAAUUAUAGCAUCCUUCGCCGAUCAACCAUCAAAUUUAGACGAUAUUGCUAAAAUGUGUAGGACAUAUAAAAUUAAGACGCUAAUCGUUAUGAAUACAGAUUGCGUGAAAAAUGAAGAACUUGAAUACCUUAGUGUAUCUGCUGAUAAAUGGUUAAAUAUAAUACAGGUGGAGCCACGUGAAUUACAAAAAUUCUUGUUGGACAGAAAAAACGCAGGAUGGUCCUUGAUUGGUAUUGAAAGAACAAUCCAUAGUGUAGAUAUCAAGACGACUCCGUUGGAGAAAAAGACAAUUUUCAUUUUAGGAAACGAGAAGAAUGGUAUACCAGUAAACUUUAUACCUCUCUUCGACAAAUGUGUAGAAAUUCUACAAGUAAAUACAAAAUGCCCAUUGAGUGUUCACUUUACCACUGCGAUAUGCAUAUAUCAAUAUAUAAAGCAGACGUCAUAAUAAUUUUGCGAGUUAACAAGAUAUA